CGGCUCUCCUUGGUGUCCCCACAGGAUGAAGUUGAGUUUGGCUACAUAGAGGCCCCCCACAAAGGCUUCCCCGUGGUACUGGACUCCCCCCGAGAUGGAAACCUGAAGGACUUCCCAGUGAAGCAGCUUCUGGGCCCAGAUUUUGGCUACGUGACCCGGGAGCCCCUCUUUGAGCCUGUCACCAGCCUUGAUUCCUUUGGGAACCUGGAGGUCAGUCCACCAGUGACUGUGAACGGCAAGACAUACCCCCUGGGCCGGAUCCUCAUCGGGAGCAGCUUUCCUCUGUCCGGCGGUCGGAGGAUGACUAAGGUGGUGUGGGACUUCCUGCAGGCCCAGCAGGUGCAGGCACCUGUGGAGCUCUACUCGGAUUGGCUGACCGUGGGCCACGUGGACGAGUUCAUGACCUUCGUCCCCAUUCCGGGCACAAAGGAAUUCCGGAUGCUCAUGGCCAGUACCUCAGCCUGCUACAAGCUCUUUCGAGAGAAGCAGAGGGAGGGCCACGGGGAGGCCAUCAUGUUCAAAGGCUUGGGCGGGAUGAGCAGCAAGAGAAUCACCAUCAACAAGAUUCUAUCCAAUGAGAGCCUCAUGCAAGAGAACCAGUACUUCCAGCGUUGCCUGGACUGGAACCGUGACAUCCUCAAGAAGGAGCUGGGGCUGACAGAGCAGGACAUCAUUGAUCUGCCCGCUCUGUUCAAGAUGGAUGAGGACCGCCAGGCCAGAGCCUACUUCCCAAACAUGGUGAACAUGAUCGUGCUUGACAAGGACCUGGGCAUCCCUAAGCCGUUCGGGCCCCAAGUGGAGGAGGUGUGCUGUCUGGAGAUGCACGUGCGCUCCCUGCUGGAGCCCCUGGGCCUCUGUUGCACCUUCGUGGAUGACAUCUCCGCCUACCACAAGUUUCUGGGGGAGGUGCACUGCGGCACCAAUGUCCGCAGGAAGCCCUUCUCCUUCAAGUGGUGGCACAUGGUGCCCUGAGCUGCGGGGGGGCUGUGCUGUGCGGGUCUCAGCCUGUCGCUAACCAAGAUUGUGGCGGGACCGGCCCUCGUGGUUCUUAGGGUUGCAAGACGCCCUUCAGCAAUAAUGGUCAGGACACUUGGGGUGGGGGGGGGAAGGAUGAUUAUUUCCAGGACCUGGAAAUUUUGCGGCACACCUGGGGCCACACAGCAAAGUCGCAGGGAGAGAGAGAGAUGGCACAGGCCUGGGGUUCUGCUUUUUGGGGGGUCGAGGGUGGGGGCCGGGGCUUUUGCGGGCUCCUUCUUUAUUGGUGAGCUUAAAACAUAAAAGCAGGAAUGUAAAACUCGGGGACGAGGAAAAUCAAGGGGCCCAAAUGGUCAGCUUUAGAAACCAGCCAAGAUUUCUAAAACAAAGGAGCCUGGGGGAGGAGGAAGCCUGGACUUUUAUCUAGUCCUGUGGCUGGCAACGAGCUUAUUGGAGACAGCUUGCUUUAAAGUGGAUACCUCAGGGAUCAAAGCCCAAGUCAGGCACUUGCAUUACCAAGAAGAGAAAACACAACUGUCGGGCUUUGGGCUGACACGACAGGGGCCCUGGCACGUCUCUCCUCCCUUCCUUCUCCAGACCCCUGGCACCAACCCCUCCCCCACCAAGAGCUUCCCCCUGCCUGGCAAGGACUUGACAAGGCCUGGACUGUCCCCCCUCCCCACUGGAGGCCUCCGGGAAGGGGGUAGGGGUUUGGGGUAUCUGUACUUUGCCAUCUCUCAGAAGGGCCCCAGCGUCCACCAAAGUCACCCCUGAUGAGUCUCAACUCGGUCCUUCCUGAAAACAGCUGUGCAUUUGGCUGGCAUCUGUAUAGCCCUGACAUGGAAAACAAAGAAACAAAAACUCUGUACCCAAACCAUUCCCCAAAGAGUCCUUAGUCUCUUGUCCACAAUUGAAGGAAGGGAGAAGGGAAGAAGGUUCUGGAGGCUCUGGGAUCGCCAGCUCUGGCAACCGUGCCCUGAAGGUCAAGGUAGAUCCCACGGAAAGGGACCCUGGGGCCCCAGACGUACCUUGAACUGCUGUCAUCAUUUCAAAUUCAGCUCCCUUGGGGUGUGCAGGUGGCUGCCUCCAAUUAUUCAUUCCUUCCGGCCUCUCUCAGAUCCCCUUGGCUUUCUCUCUGCAGUGUAGACAUCACUGACUAGCUUCCCCAUUCCCUGAGGGUCCAAUAAUUUAGCUUAGAACCUUCCCCAGAAGUGGAUUUUAUCAGACCUCUCCAUUUCCAAGAUGCUCCUUAUACCUCAUCUUUCUGAUGGACACAGGCUCUCCCAAAUGCUUGGGGGGGUCCCCCCAGACCAGCGUCCUUGUACCUGAGAGCGCCGUGGGUGUAGAUGCCCGGGCUCAGCCAUAUCCUUCUCCUGCCUGGUUCUCCAUUCCCUGGGCAGUCCCUGGCCCCCCUCCUCGCCUGCCUCCACUUCCUAUUCCUGAUGCCAUCCCUCUAAGCAGCUAGAUGGGGACUUUUUCACCAUCAGCCAGGCUCAGACCUGCCCCCAGGAUAUGAUUAAAGACCCACCUCUUCUCCCCAGACCUUAGACCCAACAUCUAAGGACCUGGCCUGGCCCCCAGCCCAACAGCCAGUUCUGGACCAGCCGGUGGCCUUAGACACAGACUGUCUCUCCCAUGGAAGUUCACCGGCGCAUUUGCUGAACACCCUCUCAUUUACAUAACUAGAUUCAUUCCCUGGCUCCAACCCAAAAGACUCGGUUUCAACUUAAAAAAAAUUUCCUUGAGGGCCAGCUGAUGUCAGGAGAAUAAGUGAAUUAUAAUUACAUUUUGCAGGCUAAAAAGAACCAGUUUAUAGCCAAUGAGAGGGUUAUAAAUUUGUAUUCUUGGGA